AUGGGGGACAUAGCAACAUUGGCUAAGGCAAGAAGGGAGCUAGAAGACCUGUAUCUAGGAGUCCCCGAUGAUUCGGUGAACCUCACCUUUCAAGACCUUGCUCAAGUGCAGCAACAACAAAUCAUCUCUUUGGAAAAGAAAAAGUCUGCCAAAAUCGAGUUCAUUUCUCAGGUGAACCCAAAGAAAGAAGGGUCACUAUCAUCAACAUCACCACCAAUACCCACACUCCCAAGCCUAAACUUCAACUCAGGCUUACAAGCAUCCUCGAAUCAAUAUAAUCACCACCAUGUUCUCAAUGUUGUUGUUUCACCUAGGAAUCGUCGAAGUCAUCCCGUUAACGAAAAUGGCCUGCACAUGUCCCGAGGCCAUCAUCUCGUUAACAGAGAGACUCACGAUGGUGACUAUGUGCACCAUCGUGAUCACACGGGUGCACAUGGUCACCAUCAUGAACAUCAAGCAAGUCUAUUAGGUUUUAGACCUGCAUUUGAGAGUAGCGUGGUUUAUGAUGACAUAAGUCACUUGAGCGGCACGAGCAUGGCUUCCAAGAAACCUACUCUAGAGAGAGGAGGACGACGGCGACAAGGGAUUCCUCACUCUAACAUAUGCACCAUUUGCAGUACCUACACCUAUAUUUUCCGACAUCUGGUCUGUGGAAGAGCCUAUUGCAGGUACUGUGUGAGCGUAGGCAUGGAGGAGAUGACAGAAGGAAGAAAAUGUAUCGAGUGCUUAGGGAAAAAAUUCAGCCAAAGGCCGGCAAAGCGCGUGGGCACCACAACUUAG